AUGGAAUCCAGGGAGGACAUCAGCCCAAAGGUAGGGUCUUCUCCAUUGUGAAGAGCAGCUGCCACCAGCUUUUGAUGGGUGUGUCAUCUGUGCCCUUUCUUGGACAGGCACAGCUUGGCCACUGGGGCUCAUGGGAUGGUAACCUUAUGUUUAGACUACUGUAAUGUGCUUUCCGUGAGGCUUCCCUUACAGCUGGUCCAGAGGCUGGAGCUGGUGGCCCAGGUAGUGAAUAGUGCCUCUUACCAGUGCUAAGGGAUCAACACCGGUUGCCUACUAGCCCCCAAGCUGGUUUUGAGGUAUUGCUAUUGGCAUAUAAAGCCCCAGACAACAGUGAGACUGAGCCCCAACUACUAGCGUUGAGUCUUGGCGUGUCAUGUGUGUGUCUCGCUCUCUUCCCCUGCUUAUAGCCUAGGUUAAAGUGAACAAUACAGGGAGUAAAGAUGGCUAAAGGUGACCCAAAAAAGCUGAAGGGGAAGAUGUCUGCUUAUGCCUUCUUUGUUCAGACCUGCCGUGAAGAACACAAGAAGAGGAACCCAGAAGUUCCCAUCAGCUUUGCAGAGUUCUCCAAAAAGUGCUCAGAGAGGCAGAAGACGGUGUCAAGAAAAGAGAAGGGGGAAUUUGAUGAGAUGGCUAAAGCUAUUAAAGUGCGGUAUGAUAGAGAAAUGAAAGAUUACGGACCAGCAAAGGGUGGAUAA